UGACUGUAUACGGGUUUAUAGAAGCAUCUGUCCCAGAAAAAUCACAGGGCCUUGACUGUUGAACUCCUUUGGAGAAAUCCGGAAGAAGCAGAUAUCUGUCCCAGGGCCAAAUUCCUGACUUCAUUAUCACAGUUGCAGGUUUAGCCACCAAAGAUAACUUCGGCAUGAAAAAUCUUAAGUUGAAAUGAGCAUUAAAAUUUGUUGCCUGCUCCAAUCUAGAUUUGUAGACUACAGGAAAAAUCACUCUGAGGUUUGCAGCUAUAAAUUUACACCAAGAUAAUUUCAGAAUGUCCAGCAAGGAAGUGAAGACUGCACUGAAAAGUGCUCGGGAUGCAAUCAGGAACAAAGAAUACAAAGAAGCUUUGAAACAUUGUAAGACAGUGUUAAAACAAGAGAAAAAUAACUACAAUGCCUGGGUUUUUAUUGGUGUUGCGGCAGCCGAGCUAGAACAACCUGAGCAGGCCCAGGGCGCCUAUAAGAAAGCUGCUGAACUAGAGCCCGACCAGUUACUAGCUUGGCAGGGGUUAGCAAACCUGUAUGAGAAAUGUAAUCAAAUAAAUGCUAAGGAUGACUUACCUCGUGUUUACAAAAAGCUCCUGGACCUUUAUGAAAGUGUUGACAAACAGAAGUGGUGUGAUGUCUGUAAGAAACUUGUGGAUCUGUAUUACCAAGAAAAGAAACACGUGGAGGUGGCCCAAACAUGGCAGAAGUUGAUAGAGACACGGCAAGGGCAAGGUGCAGACAACCACGAGCUUCAUCAGCUGUGGAGGAAGUUGACUCAGUUGCUGGCUGAGAGUGCUGAGGAUGAGAACAGUGAGACCCAGCAAUUGCUUUUAACUGCUUUCGAGAAUGCACUGGACUUAUCAGAUAAGGUUCCUAGUGAGGAUCAUCAAGUACUUUAUAGACAUUUCAUUCAGUGUUUAUCCAGAUUUCCUCAUGAAACUGCUAGGUUGAAGAAGGCCUGUGAAGGAAUGAUAAACAUCUAUCCCACUGUACAAUAUCCAUUAGAAGUGCUUUGUUUGCAUUUAAUUGAAUCAGGUAAUCUUACUGUUGAAGGACGGCAGUAUUGUUGCAGACUAGUGGAAAUGGAUUCAAACAGUGGCCCAGGCCUUAUUGGUUUAGGCAUCAUAGCAUUACAAGACAAAAAGUAUGAAGAUGCUGUUAGGAACUUGACAGAAGGAUUAAAAGAAAGCCCUCAAUGUGCCAAUGGAUGGUAUCAUCUGGCAGAAGCCCAAGUCAGAAUGCAUAGACCUAAGGAAGCUGUUCUUUCAUGCAAUCAAGCUCUGAAGAAGAUAGAUAAUCUUGGUGUGUCUGGUGGCAGCCUUCAUCAGAAGAAUCUUUGUCUUCGUUUGAAAGCAGAGGCUUUGAUUAAACUCUCAGAUAAUGAAUCUUCAGAGGAAGCAAUCUGUACUCUGGAUCAGGUUUCGGAUGCAAAUAACGUCCCAGGACUUUUGGUUCUCAAAAGCUUGGCCUAUCUGAACAAAGGCGCAUUAGAUGAAGCUUCAAAGGUUAUGGAAAAUGUUCUGUCUUCUUACCCUGACCUAGCUGAAGCUCACGCUCUGGAAGGUUUCAUUCAUUUUACCAGAAAGAACUAUCUACAAGCAGAAAAAUGUUUUCAGAGAGCUCUUGAGAAAGAUGAUGAAGUUGCUGAAUAUCAUUACCAACUUGGGUUAAUAUAUUGGUUCAUGGGCGAAGAAACAAGAAAAGAUAAAACAAAGGCUCUUACUCACUUUUUAAAGGCUGCUAAACUGGAUACAUACAUGGGCAAAGUUUUCUGCUAUUUGGGUCAUUAUUACAGAGAUGUAGUAGGAGAUAAAAACAGAGCCCGUGGAUGCUACAGGAAAGCUUUUGAAUUAGAUGACACUGAUGCUGAAUCUGGAGCUGCAGCUGUUGAUUUAAGCAUGGAGCUUGAAGAGAUGGAAACUGCCUUAGCUAUCCUGACAACAGUAACUCAAAAGGCGAGUGCUGGAACUGCAAAAUGGGCCUGGCUUAGACGAGGCCUGUACUAUUUGAAAGCUGGUCAGCAUUCUCAAGCAGUGGCUGAUUUACAGGCAGCAAUAAGGGCAGACCCAAAGGACUUCAACUGUUGGGAAUCCUUAGGAGAGGCCUACUUAAGUAGAGGUGGCUAUACAACAGCAUUGAAAUCCUUCACAAAAGCCAGUGAGCUGAACCCAGAAUCCACAUACAGUGUGUUUAAGGUUGCAGCAAUACAGCAAAUCCUAGGCAAAUAUAAGGAGGCUAUUGUUCAAUACCAGCUGAUCAUUAAAAAGAAAGAAGAUUAUGUGCCUGCUUUGAAAGGUCUGGGGGAAUGCCAUCUCAUGAUGGCAAAAGCAGCUCUAGUCGAUUAUCUGGAUGGGAAAGCUGUAGACUACAUAGAAAAAGCACUGGAAUAUUUUACUCGGGCUCUGCAGCAUCGAGCUGAUGUGUCUUGCCUUUGGAAGCUGGUUGGGGAUGCUUGUACUAGCCUGUAUGCUGUCUCACCAUCUAAAGUGAAUGUGCAUGUUUUAGGAGUCCUUCUAGGUCAGAAAGAAGGAAAACAAGUAUUAAAGAAAAAUGAGCUCCUUCAUCUUGGAGGAAGGUGUUAUGGACGUGCAUUAAAACUGAUGUCUACAUCUAAUACAUGGUGUGAUCUUGGGAUUAAUUAUUAUCGCCAAGCACAACAUCUAGCAGAAACAGGCAGCACCGUGAAUGAUCUUAAAGAAUUGUUGGAGAAAUCAUUACAUUGUCUAAAAAAGGCAGUGAGACUCAAUAGUAAUAAUCACUUAUACUGGAAUGCUCUUGGUGUGGUUUCGUGUUACAGUGGUAUUGGAAAUUAUGCCCUUGCUCAGCACUGUUUCAUCAAAUCAAUCCAAUCAGAGCAAGUUAAUGCUGUUGCAUGGACCAACUUGGGAGUGUUAUACCUUGCAAAUGAAAAGAUUGAGCAAGCUCAUGAAGCUUUCAAAAUGGCUCAAUCCCUUGAUCCGUCUUAUUUAAUGUGCUGGAUUGGACAAGCUCUAAUUGCAGAGACAGUUGGAAGUUAUGACACCAUGGAUCUUUUCAGGCACACUACAGAACUCAGCAUGCAUACUGAAGGAGCGAUAGGUUAUGCAUACUGGGUCUGUACAACAUUGCAAGACAAAAGCAACAGAGAAACCGAGCUGUACCGGUACAACAUCCUUCAGAUGAAUGCUGUCCCGGCAGCACAAGUUGUUUUGAGUAAAUACGUAGAAAGAAUUCAGAAUUAUGCUCCAGCUUUCACAAUGUUGGGUUAUUUAAAUGAGCAUCUUCAACUGAAAAAGGAAGCAGCAGAUGCCUACCACAGGGCAAUUUUGUUGUUACAGAAUGCAGAAGACCCAGUUACCUAUAAUGAUACAAUUAGAAAUUAUGGCAGAUUGUUAUGUGCCAUUGGUGAAUAUGAUAAAGCUAUCCAGGCUUUUAAGUCAACACCCCUGGAAGAGCUAGAAGACAUCAUCGGUUUUGCAUUGGCUUUAUUUAUGAAGGGUCUGUAUGAAGAUAGCAGCAAAGCCUACGAGAGAGCAUUGUCUGUUGUUGAAUCAGAGCAAGACAAAGCCCAUAUCUUGACAGCUCUGGCAAUAACGGAGUAUAAACAAGGAAAAAUGGAUGUAGCCAAGACACUGCUGUUUAAAUGCUCUAUCUUAAAGGAGCCAAACGCAGAGAGCCUUCAAGCCCUGUGUGCUCUAGGGUUGGCGAUGCAGGAUGCUACACUGUCAAAAGCAGCACUUAAUGAGUUGCUGAAGCACAUCAAACAGAAAGACAAUGAUUAUCAGAGGUGCCUUCUUACUUCAGCAAUUUAUGCACUGCAGGGCCGCAGUGUGGCCGUGCAGAGACAAGCAUCUAAAGCUGUUCACAGUAACCCUGCUGAUCCGGCUCUUUGGUCUCUGUUGUCCCGAGUGGUUGCUCAGCACACUCAACGAAAUGCAAAGGGAGGUGCUGUAGCAGGAAAUGUGGCUCACAUUCUGGACUCAAAUCAUGGAAAGAAGGCAUUACUGUACACUGCAGUAAAUCAGCUGGCUAUGGGAAGCAGUUCAGCAGAAGAUGAAAAAAAUAUUGCACUGAAGACCAUUCAGAAGGCAGCGCUUCUUUCUCCAGGUGAUCCUGCUGUCUGGGCUGGACUAAUGGCAGCCUGCUAUGCUGAUGAUAAACUCGCUCUGGUGAACAACACUCAGCCAAAGAGGGUGGAUUUAUACUUGGCACUGUUGUCUGCUGUUUCUGCUUCAAUUAAAGACAAAGAAGUCCUUGGAAGUUACCAUGAAUCCCUUGAAAAGUGGUCCCUGUCCCAAGCCGUCACCGGUCUGGCGGACACAGGAAGAAUAGCUGAAGCUGAAGCCCUUUGCACAAAGAACUUAAAAUGUAACCCUGAUCAGCCAGAUGUUAUCUUACUUUUGAGACAAGUUCAGUGUAAACCACUCCUGGAAUCGCACAAGCCUCUUCCGGAUGCCGUACUUGAUGAGCUCCAGAAAACAGUCAUGUCCAACUCAACCUCUGUUCCAGCUUGGCAGUGGCUGGCACACAUAUAUCAGUCUCAGGGAAUGAUGGGUGCUGCAGAGAUGUGUUACAGAAAGAGUCUGCAAGUCGCAUCCCAGCAGGGCAGCUGGAGUGGAAAGCUCUCGAGUCUGCUGAGGCUAGCGCUGCUUGCGUUGGAAGUCUGUGUGGCCAACAUUUCCGAUGAUCACUGGCCGUCCUUGGUUCAGGAAGCUACAACUGAAGCCUUGAAACUUUGCUUUUGUCCGCUGGCCAUCCUUGCACAAGCUUUGUUACAGUUCAACCGCAAAAUGGGGGCAAGAGAGACACGGCGGCUUUUGGAGAGACUGGUGUAUCAGCCUGGCUAUCCCAAGUCUAUUGUAUCAACUGCACGUUGGUACCUUCUGAGGCACUUGUAUGCCAAAAAUGACUGUGAGCUCAUUGAUGUGCUGGUGAGCAAUGCCAAAACUCAUGGAGAUACAAGAGCAUUGGAACUGAAUCAAAAACUGUCUUCACAAUGACAGUGCAAUUCUUUGUAUAAAGCAAGCAAACCAAAAGCUGUUAGAAAGAGUGAAACAAAAAUCAAUAACCUUUCCCCACAGCAACAUUUUUUUAAAACUAUGUAUUAUUUAUUCCUUUUUUAAAUCUAAAGACAUUUAUGUUCUUAAAUUAGGGGUGCAAUUUUCCGUGAACUCUAAUGUAACUUUAAUCUGAAAAACAGCUUUGAUUUUGAGAAGUCCAUAAUGAGAGGAAAAACCAUGAUUCCCUUAGUAAUUCAAAGUUAUGUAAACCAUUAUUUUCUCUAUUUUUACAUUGUACACAAUAGGAUUUUUUAUGAUCCCCUACAAUAAAGCCUUAAUAGUCAUUUCCUAAAUAAUAAUAAUAAGCAUAAUGCAGAAUUUAAUUUGUUUUUAUGAAAUUUUAGAGUUCAGCAGGCCAACUCAUAAAAUCCAAAUAAUCUUAUGACCUGUUUUACUAGUGGUUCAUCUCAGAUCUUGUUGAAGAAGCAUGAUAGAAAUCUUGGUGAGGCUUAGACUAUGGAUGGAUGUAUUUAUAUAGUUCGAGACACUCGGGUGUAUGACUGCAUUUAAAAAAUGAAUGGAAAAUAUUGGAAAAUAAUACAAUAUAUACUCAAUCAUGGAAUUCCUUCAGCUAUGAUGAAAAGACUUGAAUUUUCUAAAAUAAAAUAUGGUGUCUUAUUUUCUUUAUAGUAUCAAUAUCAGAUAUAAUUUUUAAAUUUCAAAUUUUAAAACUUGAGAGCACAUUUAGUUAUUUCAAAAAGCACUUUAUAUAUUUGAAGAAACUGUGUCACUUACUUUGGAUUAGCAUUUGAAAAAUGUUUUCAGACAUUUGCACGUAUUAUUUAUCAUACAAAAAUAUGUUGUUGUAUUUUAUGUGUUUUUCCAAACCAGCAGCUUUACGACGUUACUUUGUGAGAUCAUAUGAAUUCAUAACAUUCUGUAUUUAAAUUUUACUUCAGAGUUUAAUCUGUUGAACUAACUAUAAUUUGAUGAAUUCCCAAAUUUGGCUGAAUAUUUUCAUCAUUUAGAUCUGUGCAAUCAGAAUAUUUAAAAUGGGGCCUAGUUCUCUGCAUUUUAAAGGCAUGCCUAAGAGGUCCUAAUGCCCAUUAAAGUGUAUGAAUCACUAGAUUAAUCCAAUAA